AUGUUGUCUGAAUCCUUGUUCUGUCUUUUGACAGAAGACUUAGUUCUAAAAAUUCUCGACAGAGUUGAUUCGGAUCGGAAAUCGUUCCGGUUAGUAUGUAAAGAGUUUCUCCGGGUCGAAUCAACGAGCCGGAGAACCAUUCGGAUUCUCCGGAUUGAAUUCUUACUCGGUUUGCUUCAAAAGUAUUGCAACAUUGAAGAGCUUGAUCUGUCUGUAUGUCCGAGAAUCGAUGAUGGAGCAGUGUCGAUUUUACUGAGUCAUGGAUCGGUGAGUUGGACUGGGGGAAUUAGAACAUUGGUGCUGAGUCGAGCUACCGGGUUAGGAUACGUUGGAUUGGAGAUGCUAGUGAAGGCGUGUCCGUUAUUGGAAGUGGUUGAUGUGUCGCAUUGUUGGGGAUAUGGUGACAGAGAGGCUUCUGCGCUAUCGUGCGCGGGGAGGUUGAGGGAACUUAGUAUGGAUAAGUGUUUGAUGGUUACGGAUAUUGGGUUGGCGAAGAUUGCAGUUGGGUGUGGUAGGUUGGAGAGGUUGAGUUUGAAAUGGUGUUUGGAGAUUUCUGAUCUUGGGAUUGAGCUUCUUUGUAAAAAGUGUUUGGAAUUGAAGUUUCUCGAUGUUUCGUAUCUCAAGGUGACAAGCGAAUCUUUACGAUCAAUAGCUUCUUUGUUAAAGCUCGAGGUUUUCAUUAUGGUGGGAUGUGAUUUAGUGGAUGAUGUGGGAUUGCGGUUUCUUGAAAAAGGAUGUCCGCUACUUAAGGCAAUUGAUGUAUCAAGGUGUAACUGUGUUAGCCCCUCCGGCCUAUUAUCUGUAAUUAGUGGACAUGAGGAUCUUGUGCAGAUCAAUGCAGGAUACUGUCUUUCUGAGCUUUCAGCGUCUUUUAUUAACGGCUUGAUGAAUUUAAAACGGCUGAGCAUACUUAGAAUUGAGGGUGUUAGAGUUUCUGACUUUAUCCUCCAUAUCAUAGGCACCAAUUGCAAAUCUUUAGUGGAACUUGGUUUAAGCAAAUGCAUAGGGGUGACGAACAUGGGAAUUAUUCGGGUAGUAUCUGGCUGUGGCAAUUUGAAGACGCUUGAUUUGACUUGUUGUCGUUUCAUAACUGAUGCAGCCAUCUCUAUUAUAUCAUACUCUUGUCCAAACCUUGCGUGUUUGAAGUUAGAAUCUUGUGAUAUGGUUACUGAGAUCGGUCUGUAUCAGCUUGGAUCAAGAUGCUUGAUGCUUGAAGAGCUUGAUCUUACCGAUUGCUCUGGCGUGAAUGACAUAGCACUCAAAUAUCUAUCAAGAUGUUCAAAACUUGUAAGGUUGAAGUUAGGAUUAUGCACAAACAUAUCAGACAUAGGAUUGGCACACAUUGCUUGUAACUGCACAAAGUUGACCGAACUUGACCUCUAUCGCUGUGUCCGUAUAGGAGAUGAUGGGCUAGCAGCACUCGCAACCGGAUGCAACAAGUUGACUAUGCUCAACCUAUCAUAUUGCAAUAGAAUGACAGACACAGGGUUGAAAUGUAUCAGCAAUCUCAGUGAACUCUCUGAUCUUGAGAUGCGCGGGCUUUCAAACAUCACAAGCAUUGGUAUAAAAGCAGUUGCUGUCGGUUGCAAGAGAUUGGCUAGUUUAGAUUUGAAACAUUGUGAAAAAAUUGAUGAUUCGGGUUUUUGGGCCCUUGCGUUUUAUGCACAAAAUCUACAGCAGAUAAAUAUGAGCUACUGUAACGUGUCGGAUCAUGUGUUGUGCCUGCUUAUGGGUAACCUGAAACGCCUCCAGGAUGCCAAACUGGUGUAUCUUACUAAUGUCACUAUACAAGGUUUGGAACUUUCCCUUAGAUCUUGUUGUGGCCGGAUUAAAAAGGUUAAACUACAAAGGUCUCUUAGGUUUUCGAUAUCCUCAGAAAUACUCGAAAUAAUUCGUGCAAGAGGGUGCAAGAUCAGAUGGGAUUAG